ACACUUCAGCUGACACCAACCGAGAAUUGAGCGAAUUCAGGUAGAGCAUAGCAUUCGAUUCGAAUCAGGCACUUGCAAACACUUCCGCCGAGCAGAAACCGAAGUAGCGCCAAGCCACCAACCAUGUCGAUCGUGAGGCGCAACAACGUGUUCGACCCCUUCUCCUUCGAUCUCUGGGCUGAUCCUUUCGACGCCUUCCGCUCCAUCGUCCCGGCAGCUUCCGGCAACAGCGAGACGGCCGCGUUCGCCAACGCCCGCGUGGACUGGAAGGAGACCACCGAGGCACAUGUCUUCAAGGCCGAUCUCCCCGGCGUGAAGAAGGAGGAGGUCAAGGUGGAGGUGGAGGAUGGCAACGUGCUCGUCGUCAGCGGCGAGCGCAGCAGGGAGAAGGAGGACAAGAACGACAAGUGGCACCACGUUGAGCGUAGCAGCGGCAAGUUCGUCAGGCGCUUCCGCCUGCCGGAGAACGCCAAGGUGGAGGAGGUGAAGGCCGGGCUGGAGAAUGGCGUGCUCACCGUCACUGUGCCCAAGGUUGAGGUCAAGAAGCCCGAGGUCAAGGCCAUCGACAUCUCUGGUUGAGCGUGUAUGCGAUGAGGAUCAUCUUGGCCGAUGUCUGUGCGAGUACACCCAUUUGCCGUCGUUUCCUGUUCGUGUGGAGUCCAAUGUAGUUGUGUACCGAACUUUUUUGUAUCAUUCAGUUGUACUCAUGUGAUCGUUUCUCAGUUUUCUGAAGAAUAAAUAAGAAACAAAUCGGUUGUACUUGGGUUCA